AUGGAUACUGGGCUUCCCCUCGAGAAAAAUUUUGCGAACGGAACAAUAAAAAGACUAUCAGAUCCGCCGUACGAACCUCCACCCCGCAAAGUGCAGCGCACCAUCAUCACCGAACAACAGAAAGAAGCUCUACGUUUUGUGUUCCAGCAUGAACACCAUCCUAGCCAGAAAACUGUUGAGCUUCUUUCGCUGAAACUAAAUCUCAAUAUUCGAACCGUGAACAACUGGUUUCACAAUCAUCGUACAAGACAAAAGGCGAGCAUGAAAGAAGGAAAGGUGUAUCCGCCAGCAGUUGGCAGUUUGCCAACAAGUAAAAAUUGGCAGCAGGAUCUGCACUCUAUUCUUGAAAAUGCUUCACGCUUCUCUCUUAUGGAUGACUCACCGCCAACUAUGGUACCAGUUCCGGCUGCACCUCUCUUUACUACUAGUGGUGAUGAACGUGCUAACUCGUCCAUCCUCUUCUCAAACGAUGAUCCUCCAACGACGACGUCAACGGCCACGACGUCGCCGUCACCGUUGUUCUCAGCAGAAGAACGUUGCGAAAAAGCAAGUCAGCUGGAUCGCGCAGUGGCCAAGAUGCGCAUGUUGGCCGCGUCAAAAACCGCUUGA